AUGUCUCAAAAACCAAAACACAUCGUCACAAUAGGCGGUUCUUUCGCUUCUGUCAGGACAGCCCACAAAUUCCUUCAGGGGAUGCAAAACAAAAAUGCGGGAUCUUACAAAGUGACAAUGAUUUCUCGCGAUUCGCACUUCUUCUGGAAUCUUGCUAUGCCCCGCGCCAUUAUCCCAGGAACCAUCCCCGAUGAUAAUCUCUUCCAAGCCAUUGCGCCUGGGUUUACCAAAUACGGCGACAAGUUUGAGUUGAUCGUUGGUACAGCUACUGGCAUUGAUAUCAAUAAUAAACAGGUCAAGGUUUAUAAAGCAGGGCAGGAGACUUUUAUCAGCUAUGAUUAUCUCCUUAUUGGUACAGGAUCUUCGACUAAAGCUGAGUCGCCAUUUAAGUCCAGGGGAUCAACUGAUGCGACGAGGGACUACGUUCAUGCGUAUCAAAAGGGUGUUGGAGAAGCCCAUUCCAUUAUCGUUGCUGGUGCAGGGCCGACUGGUGUAGAGGUUGCAGGCGAGUUAGCGGACUACUAUGGCAAUAAGAAGGACAUUACUUUGUCCGCACAUAGUCAACUCGAGAAGCUCGGCGUCAAGAUCAGACUCAACACCAAAGUCAAUGAGUCUAUCACUCUUCCCAACGGCAAGCAAGAAGUUACCUUCUCAAGUGGAGAAAAAGUAGUUACAGAUCUCGUCAUUCCAACAUUUGGAGUAGUUCCCAACUCAUCCUUCGUCCCACCUGAUCUUCUCGACGCGCACGGAUACAUCAAGGUUGAUCAGUAUCUCGCCAUCGAAGGUCGACAGGAUGUUUUUGCAAUUGGCGACGUGUCUAAUGUCGAAGCACCGCAGUUUUGGUUCGUGAACACGCAGGCUGGUCAUAUGGCCAAGAAUUUGGUGCACAUAAUGAUCGGAAAGCCUAUGAUUCCGUACAAAGCUUCGACAACUGCAAUGGGAGGAAUGCAGAUCGGCAAGUCAGGCGUAGGUCAUUAUGGAAAUUGGCGCAUCCCAGGUUUUAUGGUACAUGCGAUUCGAAAGACGCUGUUUGUUGAACAAUUGCCCAAGAUGAUUGACAAUGGCAAUUAA